GGGAGCGCGGCCCGGGCCCGGGCCCGGAGCCGGGCGGCAGCACGCAGACAUCGCACCGGCUGCUGGCCUACAGCGACGCGCUGCUGUCCAUCAUCGCCACCGUGAUGAUUUUGCCGGUGGCUCACACAAAAAUACAUCCUGACCAGAAAUUAGGUGAAAGUGUUCAGCAACUUCUUCUAGCAAAAAUUGCCGUUUACUUGAUGACCUUUUUAAUAGUCACAGUGGCAUGGGCAGCUCAUGUAAGGUUGUUUCAGGUGAUAGAACAUAUAGAUGAUGUCCUGGCUCUUCUAAAUCUGGCUUGUAUGAUGAUCAUAACCUUCUUGCCAUAUACAUUUUCCUUAAUGGCCUCCUUUCCAGGGGUACCUUUUGGCAUCUUCCUGUUCAGUGUUUGUGCUGUUGUCAUUGGCCUUAUACAGGCUGUGAUAGUAGCAUAUGGAUUCUAUCACCCACACUUACUGAAUCAACAGAUACAGGAAUCUGAAAAUCAGAAUUUCUAUAAACGCCAUAUCUUAAAGAUUAUCCUGAGAGGACCAAUUUUAUGCUUUUUAGCAGCCAUCUUUUCUUUUUUUUUUAUUCCUUUGUCUUAUGUACUUCUUGGACUUGUAAUCAUUUUUCCGCAUCUCAGUCGAUUAAUUACAUGGUGUAAAAACAAAAUUCUUGGUCAGAGAGGUGAAGAGGAGGAACCUCAUAGCUUAGAAACCUUCACUUUUUACCUCAGUGAGCCUCUGAGUAAGGAACGAGUAGAAGCAUUCAGUGAUGGAGUCUAUGCCAUUGUAGCAACCCUGCUCAUUUUGGAUAUAUGUGAAGACAAUGUUCCUGACCCCAGAGAAGUUGAGGAGAAGUUCCAUGGCAGUCUUCUUGAAGCUUUAAGUGAAUAUGGGCCAAACUACCUUGCUUACUUUGGCUCAUUUGUUACAAUUGGUCUCCUGUGGUUUGUCCAUCACUCUCUUUUCCUUUAUGUAACAAAAGCUACCCGGUUAAUGGGACUGCUCAACAUACUUUCAUUGGCUUUCAUUGGUGGGCUUCCACUAGCUUACCAGCUGACCAGUGAAUUUGCAGAAAAGUCUCAUAAUGAAAUAGAAGCCAUUCAGGUCAGCUGUGUGAUCACUUUCUUUGCCAGCAUAUUUCAGUUUGCAAUAUGGACUACAGCCCUUCUCAAUGAAGAGGAAACUUUGCAUGCCUUUGCUAGAUACGGUGGCAAGGAGCAUGCCUUCAUGUUUGCCAAGCUGGCUCUUUACCCUUGUGUAAGCCUGGGGGCCUUCUUUCUAACUUGCUUGUUAAGUGAAUUUAGCACUGCAAUUUUCCAUCUUAUGCAGAUUGUAAUCCCGUUUGCUUUUCUUGCCUUGCGCAUUUUUGUUAGAAUUUCUUUAACUGCCAUAAAGUUUGUGAUGUCUCUCUCCAGACGGAAGGUUGUAUUGUUAGAAGAGGAGGAGGCAUGUUUGUCUCCAAACGAAACACUGUCCUAAAUUUCUGCGCAAUGCAUGUGAAGUUAAGAGAUCAGCUUCAGCUCCUCUGACUUGCAUUAUAUUUGUGUGUGGAUUAUAUUGAUGUAAACCAAAGCCUGUAUUGACCAUAACUGGGGCAUAUUUAUGUUUAAGCUGACCAUGCUCAAGACCCUUUCUCCAAAAUCUGCCAUUGAAAAUAUUGGAUAAAGAGGGGAUGCAAAGAAAAGCAUGUUCCCCUUCUUUUAGUAUUGCCUUAUAGAAAAAAAUGCUGCUUGACAUAUAACUGCAGCAAUGAUCAAUUAAGAAGUGCACAGAUACCCAGGAAAAUGGCAGCCAAACACAGAAGUUGGUUGAGUUUCUAUGUAAGAGAAUGUGAGGCAUGGAAAACACAGAGGCAUCUGGAUUUCUGGAUGGUACAUCAUAGGAGAACAUGUGUGCAUACAAGUUACUGAUUUUUUUUUUAAAUUUUUUUAUUUUUUUCAAUGUUAAAUUUUUUAAUGUUUUUUUUCAAUGGUCUGUCCUGCGUAGUCACAAACAGGGGAUAGCAGUUGGAAAUCUAACUGUUUGAGUGCCUCUGUGUGAGUUUAGAUGGAGGUUGCAAUUGUGAUAGCAGUCUUCCAAGCCAUCUGAACACAACUUCUUUGGCCAUAUCUAUUCUUUCUUUAAAAGUGUGUAACAAAUGAGGAAUCAUCUGGCUUUGCAUCCAAGUUUCAACUAGCUUUGAUAUUUUCUGAGGGAAAAGAGCUCUGUGAUUAGAUGUAAGUUUUUUUCUGUUCUGCAGAAGCUUCUUGUCUGAAGUGUUUUAAUUUCUCAGGCUUUUUGUGUCUGUUUUUUGUCUGGCAAUGGAACAUUCUUCUGUUACUCAGAAGGCAUGGUGUCAUAUUCAAGGAGAGUAUGAGACUGCAAUAUGUGAGAGUUCCACAUCAGAUAAAGGAGUUAAGCUUUCUCCUGAGUUGUGGACAAGUAAGGGGUCCCACAGAUUUCUGAGUCUCAGGAAGACAGCAGAAGAAACUAACCCCUAGAAGUUCCUGUCCAUGAUAAUGUUGAAUUUUUUUUUUUUACACUUACAUGGAGCUGGAUAAGUAUUGUGCUUUUCAAAUCAUCUAAACUCUGGCUGCCUUAGAAGCCAUUACAUUUCUUUCUGGCAGAGUGAUUAAUUUGUAUCUUGAAUUAUCUUAGUGCCUGACAACUUUAAUGCCAUAAUUAAAGGCAUUUGGGGAAUUUUGUUAUUCAUCAUGAAAAAAACAAAAGUGGCAAAAUAUGCCUGAAGAAAUUACAGGUGAAAAACAAAUAUCUCGUUUCAGUUGAGAUCAGUCUUGAAAGCACUUGUGCUUUUGUUUUGAAGCACCUUGAUACCGAAUAUGUCAUUGUGAAUAUUACAUACUUCUCAUGACGAGUAUGUUCAGCUAUUCAAGGGGAUUUAUACCUAGUUGUGGUUAAAUUACUUCCAUUGUGUUGUGUAUUGCAGUUUUUCUGAUACUUAAUAAAAGCACUUUUGGUUCUGUAUGGUUUUGUUUCUAAUGUGAGCAGACACAUAGUAGUGAAUAUGUGUAUUUGUAAUAAAUUGCAAUCAGUGAAGAAACAAAACUUCAAGCCAUUUAUUUCUUUUCUUCUCUGUAAGUGAACUUUAAGGCCAAUGUCUGUAAUUAAAAUUACGUUAGGUGGGUUUUUCCCACAAGGUCACCAAGGUCCCUUCCAACCUCA